AGCACAAAGGAAGUAUAUAGGAUCCCACAACGACUAGCGCCCGGACCGAUGUCUUGUAUCGCAGCGCUCCCCUCAGCGCUGGGGCCAUUAUCGAGAAUUGCAAGUGCCAUCUUCACCUUUGCGUUUCCGUUCGAGUAUUCGGCACACGUUGCCAGAAACUUAGGGAAAAGCGCGAAACGAGGGCGGUUGCCUUGCCAAGUCCUUUAUUUUCCCUUCAGCGGAGGCAAGCGCCACACCGUGUUCCAGGUGUUUGCCUGGGCGCUGUGGAUCCUGUCCGCUGCCAUCUCGCUGCACACCUGGCAUUCAGUCCUCACCGGCGAAGGAGCUAGCGGCGGCCCUAUCGGCUCGCGCCGACUGCUGGGGCUGCACCUGGAUGCGGCGUCGGGAGCUGCUGCGGUGUCAGGGCUGUGGUCGCAGCUGUUUCUCAUCAAGGCGCUCCUGGUCUUCGAUGCCAGCGCCGGACGCAAACGGCGCAGUCAAGGCAGCACUCGUGAUGUGCCAGGGGAGAAGUAUGGAGAAUGCAACGGCGCUGUCGUCAACGGGAACUUCAGCGCGCUGAAGGGGCGGCGGGGCCAACACACGGCUGCCGCCGCCUCCACCGGUACAGUCGCCGCGGAUGGCAGCGGCGGCCGCUCCGCAGCUGGAGGAGGCGGUGGCGGCGUGCUGCAUGCCGAGCAGCUGCUUUUAGAGAGCUCCCUGGCGCCCUCCGAGCAUCAACAGCUUCUGGCCCCCCGCGCUGCGGCUCACGUGGUGUGCUGGCUGGGCGGCGGCGCCAUGUCGGUCACGGGCUGCCUGCUGCUGCUGGCGCUGGAGCACAUGCCCGACACGCAGUCCAGGGUGCUGUACUGCUGCCUGGCGCUGUCGUGUGUGUUCAUCGGCGCCAGCAGCACCCACGGCCUGGGUGGCUACCUGCGCCACGUGGCCGCGGGGGCGGCGCGCACAGCCGGCGCCGCCAUACGCCGCAGCAGCAGCGGCAGCACCAGCGCCGGCGGCUGCCGCCCGCCUGCCGGCAGCGAGGAGGCGGAGAUGGAGGCGGAGGGCGGCGGCGUGAGCAGCAGCAGCAGCAGUGGGGACCGCGGCUGGCGCUUCUUCCAGCCGUUCCAGGGCGGGUCGGUGUUCGUGGCGACGCAGGCCAUCGGCUGGACGCUGUUCUCGGCCAGUGUGGUGUGCGUGCUGCUGCUGGCCAAGCAGCUGGUGGCGGGCGUGGGCUACUGCCUGCGCUGCUGGGCGCUGGCGGCGGGGGCGCUCAUCAUGGCCACGCAGCUGGUGCUGGGCCUGUCCAUCCUGACCUAUCAGCAGCGCGGCGCCGCCCGCCGCCUGCUGCUGCGCCCGGCGCUGAGGAACCCGCGCGCAGAGCUGGAGCGGGCCGCAGGCCUGGUGAUGCCGGUGGUGCUCAUGUACCUGCCGCUGCACAUCGCGCUGGCGGCCGUGGCCGCAACCUGCGUGCUGCUGCCGCCCGGCGCCGCCGCCGCCGCCGUGGCCGGCGUGCUGCUGCCCUACUUCGCCCUCACCCUGCCCGGCCACCCCGCACACACCGGCUGCCGGCGCUGGCCGUGGCUGUGCGCCUGGUUCAGCCGCAACGUGGAGUCCAGCCUGGCGUGGUGGGCGGGGCGGCUGGAGGUGGUGCGCGACUUCGACGGCACCGCAGACCAGGCGGCGGAGCAGGCGCUGGCGGAGCAGAGGCAGAGGCAGAGGAGGAGGAGGAGGAGGGGGCAGCGGGUGAAGGAGAAGGAGCUGGCGGGGGAGGAGGCGGCGGCCAGCGAUCUGAAAGAGGAGAGAGGAGAGGACGAGAGAGGAGAGGCAGGGGCACAGGGGCAGAGUGAGGCGCGCGAGGAAGAGGCGGGCAGCAAAGCCACAGGCGGCGAGCAACAGCGGGAACCGGAGGAGAAGCAGCCGGAGGAGGAGGAGGCGGAGGAGCAGGAGGAGGAGCCGCAGGAGGCCCGGCGCUAUGUGCUGGGCUUCCACCCGCACGGGCUGUACCCCACCGGCGCGGGCUUCGUGCCGCUCAUGCCCUCCGUGCAGGCGGCCUUCCCGGGCAGGUCCAUCCUCACGCUCACCGCCAACAUCGUGCACUACGCGCCCGGCCUGAGGGACAUCGCGGGCUGGGCGGGAUUCCGACAGGUGACCCGCGCCACCUUCCGGCGCGCGCUGCACGAGGCCGGCGCCGUGCUGCUGUGCCCCGGCGGCCAGGCCGAGCUGGUGUACGCCGACAGAGCCUUCCCGCGACAACAGCAAUACCACAAGCACCACCAGCAGGAGCAGCAGCAGCAGGUGCAGCAGCAGCAGGUGCAGCAGCAGAUGCAGCAGCUGCUCACCACCGCGGCCGGCGGCCCCGCGGCGGGCCCGCUGCUGCGCCUGCUGCGCAGCCUGUGGGCAAUGCUGGGGGGCCGGCGUGGGGCCGGUGCGGGGCCGGCGGCGCCGCUGCCGGCACCGCCGUGCACGGUCACGUGCACCACGCCCUCCGGUUCGGUCACUCGAGUGGUGUCCGCGUACCCGCCCGCGCCCACGGCCGCACCUGCGACUGCGCCGGCAGUGGCCGCGAGUGCGGCGCCAGCAACCGCCACAGCAACCGCCGCAGCAACCGCCGCAGCAACCGCCACAGCAACCGCCGCGGCAACCGCCGCGGCCACGGCCGCCAUGGUGCCGAGCAAGGUCAUGGGUGGGGCAGAGGCCGGCGUCCGCGGUAGCGCCAGCGGCGGCGGCGGUGCCGGCGACGUGGCUGCGGCGCGGCCACACAGCAGCGAGGGCCAGGCCGGUACUGCAGGCGGCGGUGGCGGCGGCGGCGGCGGCGGCGGCGGCGGCGGCCCGGGUGGCGAGGACGGCGUUGUGGCUGCGGGCAGUGUGACCGCCAUUGUGGCCUCCUCCGCCUCGACCGAGUCCCUGUCCUCCUUAUCCCAUCAGGACGGCCAGAAGGGCGACCGCCAGCCGCAUCAUCAGCAGCAGCAACAACAGCAGCAGGCGCCGCCGGCUUGUCCGCCGCCCUCGCGCUCGCCCGGCUCCUCCCGGCCACACCAGCUGGUCAUCUACGCCGGCCACCAGGGCUUUGUGCGUCUGGCGCUGGAGGAGGGAGCCUGGCUGGUGCCGGUGCUGGCCAUUGGCGAGACGCUGCAGUUGGCAAACCUCAUCUCCGCGCCCGAGCUGCAGCGGGCCACCUACAAGCGCCUGGGCUUCCCCGUGCCAUUCAUCCUGGCUGGCAGGUGGGGCGUGACCACGCUGCCGCUGCGCAACCCGCUGGUGUACGUGCUGGGCAAACCCCUGGCACCGCCCCCCGGCUGGGCCGCGGAGCGCCGCUGGCAGCUGGCAGCGGCGGGGCAGCAGCCGCAGCAGCCGCAACACCAGCAGCGGCAACAGCAGCAACAACAGCAGCAGCAGAAGGCAACGCAUUGUGUGGAAGGCAAGCACGGGGGGAAGAGGGGCGAGGGCGCCGCCGAGAAGACGGCUGGCUUGCGGCGGAGGCAAGGUGGAGGCGGCGCCGGCGGUGGAGGCGGCCAGCGGGGGGCGGCGCCGCCCGCGUCGUCAUCUUCAGCCGCCUGCGGGACGGUGGUGGUGCCGCAGGCGCUUGUGGACGCCUACCACGCCGCCUUCUACGCGGCCGUGGCGGACCUGUGGGCGGCACACCGCCACCGCCACCCCGUGCUGGCGGGGGCGGAGCUGGUGUUCGAGUGGGGGCGGCACGGCCCGCCGCAGGGCUGGGGGGAGGGCAAGUGAGGGCGUGUGAGGGCAACUGAGGGCAUGUGAGGGCGUGUGAGGUGCAAUGAGCGAGGGCGAGGGAAGGGUGAGGAAAGGCAUGCGCGGGCAGGGUACGGCACGGGCAGGGAAGAGAGGAAGCAGGAUUGGAGGGCAGCAGCCGAGCAUGUGGAGGACGCAAGAGUCGACAGCAGGAGGCCGGGAGGGGAGGGGGAGCACAACUGCGCAGGCGGAUGGUGAUAUGCGAGCGGAAGCGAGGAGGGGGCAGCACUGGGUAGAUGAGUGGCUAGCCAACCAUGGGGUGAUGAAUACCGGAUAGAUUGUGCAGGCACAGAUGAUAAAGCGGGACUUGUGUGACGGAGCGAAUGCGGAAAAGCGGAGGAGGGCUUGAGCAUCAGGAGUGUUGAUUGGAACAAUGGAACUGGCAGGCGCGCAUGGUAUGGGCAAAUACGACCGAAAGGCAGUGAAUGUGCAGCAGAGACAGGCGAGGCUGGCAGAGGUGUGAUUGCAGCGCUGCACGAGUGGAGGAAAUGAGGCGUGCCUCAUAAAGGUGGUGCUACAGGAGCUACAGGCUAAAGCAGCAGGGGUGUGAACCUGUCAAGCUUGUGCCAACCGUAGAGUUACGCAAAUGAGAGGAGCUCGGGAGCCUCUGAACGCAUUAGGUUGCGCGGCGAGCCGCCGGCCGAAGACACGGCGGCGGCAUUGUGUGCGGCAGUGCAGUUGUCUGGAUGGCCAGAGAAUGUAAUGUAUUGCAUCA